AUGUCAAUAGUUUCAAUUGAAGAUUUAUCUAAUGAACUUUUUUAUGAAAUAUUUGAAUAUCUUGAUAGUGGUGAAAUCUAUCAAGCAUUUUUCAAACUAAAUCAUCGUUUUCAACAACUUCUCAAUUCUUCAUCUCUUCUAUUAAAAAUAAAACUUUAUUAUUCAGAAUCGAAAGAAACAAUGAUGAAUAAUUACAAACAUAUUUUUCUUUACAAUAAAAAUCAAGUAUUAUCAAUUCAUUUAUGGUUAUCAACAAAUAAUAAUCAAAUUAUGUCAUCGUUUACUAUUGAUUUAUCAUUUAUUCGUCUUGAAUCUCUUGUUUUUAGUCUUAUUGAACCAGAUUUACUUAUUUCACUUCUUCCGAAAUUAACUAAUCUACCUCGUCUUUUCUCAUUAACAAUUGAUACGUGGUCUGAUCUAAAAGAUCUCGGCAAUAUUUAUCAAUUGAUUUUUAAUCUUCCAAAAUUGAGAUAUAUCAAAUAUAUAGCAAUGGAAUCCAAUGAUGUUGAUAUAACUAUUUCAUUGCCAAUUGCUACCAAUAAACAAGUCAAUGCUAUUGAAUAUCUUAUUAUUGAUCAUCCUUGUGCUUACGACGAACUUUCUACUAUAAUAUCAUAUACACCACAACUUCGUCGUCUAAAGUUUUUGAAUUUAAGUGAAAAAGAAUUUUAUUUAAAAUAUAAUGCACAUUUUGAUGAUAAUUAUGAAACUCCAAUGUACAUUGGAAAGCAAGAUCAAUUCAGUUCUCUAUUUUGGAUCGAACGACAAUGGAUACUAGAAAUUGAAAUCGAAUAUGAUAAUUUGAUGUAUUCAAUCCGUCCAUAUAAAAAAAGAUGGUAUGAAUAUAAUACACAACAUACAAUAAUCAAUUCUUUCGUUCAAUUAUCUAAAUCCACACGACUUAUUUUAGUCAAUGCAUCUCCUGAAGGAUGGUCUAAAUCAUUAACCAUAAAUAAAUAUAUUAAUCAUGUUUUAACUGUAACAAAAAUUCAUCAUAUAGAAAUUCAUGAAGAAUUAUCUAUUGGUAAAUUAAGCGAAAUUUUAUAUUUAUUACCUGAACUUGAUUCAUUACAAAUCUUUUCUUUAUCAUUUUCACAAUCAACAUGUUUAUCGAAGGAAGAACUUGAAGGUCUUUUAUUUUUAUCAACUAAAAAUCGAAUUACAAAACUUUUUCUCAAGAAGAUAACAUUGAUAGAAGAACUUUAUUUUCUGAUGGAAAUUUUUCCUCAUAUCAAUCAUCUUCAAGUUAAUUUGAUUUAUUCUAUGGAUAUUGAAUUAUUUGUGCGACUUAUUUUAAUACAUAUAAUGACCAAAUCUAAUCAUCCACUUCGAUUAUUAUGUUUUCCUAUAGUAGCAGCAGAUGAUGAAAUGGUUCAAAAAUUAGAAAAAAUGAUCAAUGUUGAGAAUCUACUUUUUGAUUUUAUGAUGAAACGUGUAAUAAAUGAAAUCUAUUUACAAUGGAAAUAA